AAUCGAAUCAGAAGAAGAAAUAAACGACUGAGGGAGAGUUGAGGAACGGAGGGGCCGAAGGUGGAAGCACGAGAGGUAGCGAAAGACUGCGGAGCCGAGAGAGGACGAGAGAGGUAGCGAAAGACUGCGGAGCCGAGAGAGGACGAGAGAGGUAGCGAAAGACUGCUGAGGUUUAGAGAGGAGUAAAGACAAGAAGCAUCAAAAGUCCCAUAGUCGGUACCCCACCAGAUUCAGGGAUGUAGCCGAAGAGGGGAGAGCUCAGCCUUUCCGAGCUCAUCACUAUGAAGAAACAUUCGGCCAGGGUUGCCCCGCUGUCCGCUUGCAACAGCCCGGUGCUCACCUUAACGAAAGUCAAAGGAGAAGACCGUCCCAGAGAGAAUGUGGUGGGCAGCACAGCGGACGGCCAGGCGGCAAACGGCGGGGCGCCGGGGGCGGAGCCUGCUACGGGGAGGUGGAGACUUCGUUGCUGCAUCAAAGUCACAGCCGUACAGGUGCGGAAGGCGCUGUGGGGCAUUGCCAUGGUGAUGUGUGUGUGCUCAUCGUGGGCGGGGUCCACCCAGCUGGCCAAGCUCACCUUUAAGCAGUUUGACGCUCCAUUCACCCUCACCUGGUUCGCCACCACCUGGAACUGCCUGUUCUUCCCCCUCUACUACAUCGGACACCUGUGUAAGAGCCCUGAGAGACAGACCCCCAGACAGAGGUUCAGGGAGUGUUGUCGGUUCUUUGGGGACGACGGGCUGACAGCCAAGGUGUUCUUCACUAAGGUGGCUCCGUUUGGAUUGCUGUGGAUCCUCACCAAUUACCUGUACCUACAGGUACUGUGCUGCUUUCCCCCCAUCCUGCUCUGGCUGCGCUGA